GCUCUUGUAUAAACUGAGAUGGUGCUGGGCUGCUGGCUGCAGAGCCCUGAGCAGCUUUGCACUCCUAAAAUACAACAGGAAUCGUCAGUUAGACCAGUGUUUGUGGAAGUACAUGAAAUCUAUAUCUAACUUUAACCCUUUAUCAAUCCCAAAAUCCCUUCAUCAACCCAACCCACUAACUGAUCAGAAACAAAAUUUAUUCGACCAGUUGAAGAAAUGUUCCAGCCUAAAGAACCUGGAAUCUGCGUAUGCCUCUAUGAUCAAAACCAAUGCAGACCAAGACUGUUUCUUGGUGAACCAGUAUAUCAGCGCAUGUUCGACCUUUUCGCGCAUAGAUUACGCAGUUUUAGCAUUUACCCAGAUGGAAAAUCCUAAUGUUUUUGUCUAUAAUGCAAUGAUAAGAGGCUUUGUUCGUUGUUUUCACCCUAAAAAAGCUUUGGAAUGUUACAUAGAAAUGUUGAGAGCUAAGGUUAUGCCAACAAGUUAUACGUUCUCCUCGUUGAUUAAGGCUUGUUCCUCGGUAUCGGCUUUGGGGUUUGGUGAAGCUGUACAGUGUCACAUUUGGAGAAAUGGGUUUAGUUCGCAUGUGUUUGUUCAGACUGCUUUGAUUGAUUUCUAUUCGAGUUUAGGUAAACUUGGUAGAUCGAUACGGGUGUUUGAUGAAAUGCCUGAAAAAGAUGUUUUUGCAUGGACUUCGAUGGUUGCGGCUCACAUCCGGGCUGGGGAGUUGAGUUCUGCAAGGAGAUUGUUUGACGAGAUGCCUGAGAGGAAUACUGCAACGUGGAACACUUUGAUUGAUGGAUAUGCGAGAAUGGGGAAUGUGGAAUCUGCGGAGUUGUUGUUCAUUCAGAUGCCUGAAAAGGAUAUAAUCUCCUGGACAACCAUGAUCACUUGCUAUUCUCAGAACAAGAAAUUCAGAGAAGCAUUAGAAGUAUUUAGUGAAAUGACAAGAAAUGGGAUCAGUCCUGACGAAGUUACCAUGGCAACUGUUAUAUCAGCUUGUGCCCAUAUUGGAGCACUAGACCUUGGAAAGGAAAUACAUCUUUAUGCAUUGCAGAAUGGAUUUGAUCUUGAUGUUUAUAUUGGGUCUGCACUGAUUGAUAUGUAUGCCAAGUGUGGGAGCUUGGAUAGGUCACUUUUGGUUUUCUUCAAGUUGCGGGAAAAAAACCUGUUUUGUUGGAAUUCAGUAAUUGAAGGGCUUGCAGUUCACGGAUAUGCAGAUGAAGCACUAAAGAUGUUUGACAGAAUGGAGAGGGAGAAGGUCAAGCCAAAUGGGGUUACUUUUAUUAGUGUUCUAAGCGCCUGCACACAUGCAGGACUAGUUGAAGAAGGCCGUAGGAGGUUUCUGAGCAUGACCAAUGAUUAUUUCAUCCCUCUCGAAGUUGGACACUAUGGAUGCAUAGUUGAUCUACUGAGCAAAGCGGGUUUGCUUGAAGAUGCACUCGAAUUGGUUAGAAGCAUGAAAAACGGAUGCUGCAAUCAAACUACUACGCUAAUGUGCAACCGUAAAGUCGAACCCAACUCCAUCAUCUGGGGUGCCUUGUUGGGCGGGUGCAAGCUCCAUAGGAACUUGGAGAUUGCUCAACUUGCUGUUAAUGAACUCUUGGUUUUAGAGCCACACAACAGUGGCUAUUACAACCUGCUCGUUAACAUGUAUGCUGAAGUAAAUAGAUGGGGUGAGGUUGCAAAAACCCGGGCAGCCAUGAAAGAUCUAGGGAUAGAAAAGAGAUGUCCUGGAUCGAGUUGGAUUGAAAUGGAGAAGAAGAUUCAUCAGUUUUCCGCUUCUGAUAAAUCUCACCCAUCUUCUAGUGAAAUUCACUUGCUUCUGGCUGAAUUAGAUGGGCAGCUGAAGUUAGCUGGUUUUAUGCCUGAACUAAAGUGGGGGGAUUCAGGCUGAGCUGCUUACACCUUUUGGGAUUGAUGUAACAAAUUAUUUUCUUUGGGGAUCUUGUGAGACUUGCCCCGCUAAAUAUUACGAGAAAUGAUACAUUUUUCAAAUUUUUUCUCCAAAAGAUGUCCUCAAGUGAUUGUUACCAUCCUUUGAGUUUUAUUAUUUUGGAAAAUAUGUUACAAUUUUAUGGGAUGGUGACAC